CCACAACUGACACCUUUCAUUUUUUAGUAAAAUUUAUCAAAUAUAAAUAUACUUAACAAAAACCAUUUAAAAUAAUUAAACACGAAGCAGUUAAUUAAAUAAAUAAAACAAUAAAAUAAGAUAAUAAAAUAAAAUAAACAAAUUCAGUAAUUUCAUUCCAAUUUCAGUCAUCGGUUUCUCAUACUCAAACUCUAAAUUCAUUCGCGAUGGAUUCUUUCUCUACCACGCCUCUUUCCGAUGGUCGCCGGAUACUCACCGCCGCGCUGCUAGCGAGGACGUCGAAGGGAGAAAUCGUCGGCAACGAUUCUGAUGCUAUCGGAUCGUAUUUUCCUUCGGUGCUGCCUACGCCUAAAUCUUGUGAGUGUGUGCCUGAAACUUUAUUUUCCGAAAAAUCGGUGGUAGCGCUGCUCGACGACGACCAGGCCGGAUGUCAAAGAAAAGCUUGUGUUGGAUUGAUCAAGAGGAAACUACAGUUAAAAGAAGUAAAAAAAAUGACAUGUGCUGUGGUCCUCUGGUGCAUUUUGGGAGCAAUGACAGCCUAGAGAAUUUUUUGGAGGGAAAUUAUUAGGAGGGAAACCAAAUGAAUUGGGAGUAUUAUGAUUAUAAUGCUUUUUGGACUUGGCCCUGCUCAUCCCGUUUCUACUGUAUAUAUUGUUGCUAGCUGUUUUAUAGUUUCUGAAUGACUAUAUUGUUGCUAGCUGUUUUAUGGUUUCUGAAUGACUACUUAGAUAAUAUUGGUAUGUUUUUG